GCCCAAAACUCCGGCUCUCACUAAAUCCUUGGUGUUUCGAGUCUGACGUCAUCCCGCAACCGUCAUUUUGGAAAUUUUAACAAUCAUGGGUAGUUUAGAUGGUCGUUAAAGUAAGGUUAGGGUAAAGGUAAAGGUUUCGUAAGACUUUAAACACCAAGGAUUUUGACACGGCUCUCACUAAAUCCUUGGUGAUCCGACGGUUGCGUGCAAAACGCCCGCUGGCUCGCUGUAUCCUGCUGUGAUGAGGAAGGAAAAGUGAAAGAAACGUUGCUCCACAAAUGUAGCCUUUUCCGCCAUUUUAAACAGGUCGUGUUGAUAAAUAACUAUGCGGACUAGCGAAACGUUUAAGGGAACAUAACAACCGUAAAGAGGUAUAUUCGGGUUACGUAUAGCUGUUUAAUUUAAGUGUAUUAGGAUUUUGGGAAUGAGUGUGUUCAUGUGACGCUUUUCAUCUGUUAAUUAAUUGUUUCUCCCAAGAACCUAACAAUUAGCCUAUUUUACAUUUUCUCUACUAUUUUAAAGCAACUAAACGUUGGUUCGUGGGUUAUCUUUCAAAAUAAACUUCUGCUUCAUUGUGUUAAGGAAGAUUAGGUUCAUAGUAAGGAUCAUCUAAAUUAUUAACUUGGUCUUUUAUUUGUUUUGUGCAUGAAUGUCAUUUCCAUUGAGUUUACGCUGUGGAGAUCAUAUUGAAGAGAUUCAACAUGAAGAUUUUCAUUUAGUCAUUUAGCAGACGCUUUUAUCCAAAGCGACAUGCAAAGAAUUCAAUGAGCAACAAGUGAUAUUUCAUACAGGAGCAAUACUAGGUGCUAAUUCAAUGUUACUAGUUUCAACAUGAACGAAACAUCAACAUUCGAAGAUUUAUCUACAGGAUGCAGAUCAGUCGAUCAGAAGAGAUCAGACUCACCUGAGAUCAGCUGUGUCUCGAUGAAGAGUGAUCAGUCUAUGGAGAAACCUUUGCAUUUUAAAAUAGAAGACACAUCACCUGAUCAUAGAUCAGUCGAUCAGAAGAGAUCAGACUCACCUGAGAUCAGCUGUGUCUCGAUGAAGAGUGAUCAGUCUAUCGAGAAACCUUUGCGUUUUAAAAAAGAAGACACAUCACCUGAUCAGAGUUAUUAUUGUCCGCUUGCUGAAGUCCAAACAACAUUCAAAUCAAAUCUGAAGAAAAAGUUUGAGUGUUUGUGUGAGGGAACAUCAAAGCAGAGAAACCCAACACUGCUGAAUGAGAUCUACACAGAUCUCUACAUCACAAGAAGUGAAAGUAGAGAGAUCAGUAAUGAGCAUGAGGCAACACAGAUCGAGACACAAUCCAGGAGAACAGCAACCAUCUUUAAACCUUUACCUGCACAAGACAAACCCAUCAGAAGUGUGCUGACAAAGGGAAUCGCUGGCAUUGGAAAAACAGUCUCUGUGCAGAAGUUCAUUCUGGACUGGGCUGAAGGGAAAGAGAAUCAGGACGUCCAGCUCAUAUUUCCACUUCCUUUCAGAGAGAUCAGUUUGAUGAAGAACCAAACACACAGUCUUUUAGAUCUUCUUCAUCUUUUCUUCCCAGAGACAAAAGAAAUAGAAAUAUCCAGUGGUGAAUAUAAAGUGUUGUUCAUCUUUGAUGGUUUGGAUGAGUGUCGUGUGUCUCUGGAUUUUCACAGCAGUGUGAGGUUGUGUGAUGUCAGUGAAUCAGCCUCAGUGAAUGUGGUGCUGAUUAACCUCAUCGCAGGGAAUCUGCUUCCCUCUGCUCUCAUCUGGAUCACCUCCAGACCAGCAGCAGCUGAUCUCAUCCCCGCUGAGAGUGUUGAUCGAGUCACAGAGGUACGAGGCUUCACUGACAAACAGAAGGAGGAAUACUUCAGCAAGAGAAUCAGUGAUGAGAGUCUGAACAACAGAAUCAUCUCACACCUGAAGUCAUCCAGGAGCCUCUACAUCAUGUGUCACAUCCCAGUGUUCUGCUGGAUUUCAGCCACUGUUCUAGAGAGAAUGUUGAGUGAAGCAGAGAGUGAAGGAGAGAUCCCCAAGACUCUCACUCAAAUGUACACACACUUCCUGAUCAUUCAGACAAACAUCAAACAUCAUAAGGACUAUGAGAAGAAAGUUAAAGAUAAAGACGUGAUCUUUAAACUGGGCAAACUGGCUUUUGAGCAGCUUGUGAAAGGCAAUGUGAUCUUCUAUGAUGAGGACCUGAGAGAGUGUGGCAUUGAUGUAGCAGAAGCAUCAGUGUACUCAGGAUUGUGUACUCAGAUCUUCAGUGAGGAGUUUGGCUUGUAUCAGGGGAAAGUUUACUGUUUUGUUCAUCUGAGCAUGCAGGAACAUCUAGCUGCUCUUUAUGCUCACCUCUCCAUCACAAACAACUACACAAAUGUGUUUGAUCAAAGUCCUAAACAGUUCUCCAAAGUGUUGCACACAGCGAAACUUGAAUCAUCAAAACCAAUUUUAUUAAUAAAGUUACAUCAAAGAGCUGUAGAUGAAGCUUUACAAAGUGGACAUCUGGAUCUGUUCCUGCGUUUUCUUCUGGGUCUCUCACUGGAAUCCAAUCAGACUCUCUUACAGCAUCUACUGACACAAAUGAGAAGAUGCUCCUACAUAAAGAGUGAAGCUGUUGAGUACAUUAAACAGAAGAUCAAUGAGAAUCUGUCUACGGAGAAAUCCAUCAAUCUGUUUCACUGUCUGAAUGAACUGGGCGAAGAUUCACUGUUGCAGGAGAUUCAACGUUAUGUGAAAUCCGGAUCAGUGGGACGCUUCAAAUUCUCCUCUUCACAAUGGGCAGCAUUAGUUUUUGUGUUGUUGACAUCUGAUCAGCAUUUGGAUGAACUUAAUCUGAAUACAUUUAUUGGAGAUAAAAAUACGGCAGAUGAGGUUCUUGUGAAACUGCAUCCUGUGAUAAAAGAAUCCAAAAAAGUUCUGUUGAGUGAUUAUCCUAUCACAGUUGAAGGUUACACUGCUUUGUCUACAGCUCUGAGAUCAAACCCCUCACACCUAAGAGAACUGAAUCUGUCUGAGAUAAAUCUUGGGGAUUCAGGAUUGAAGCUGAUCUCUUCUGUACUGGAGAAUACUCACUGUAAACUGAAGAAACUGACGUUGUGUUAUUGUAGUAUCUCAGAUGAAGGUUGUGUUGCCCUAUCUUCGGCUCUGAGAUCAAACCCCUCACACAUCAGAGAGCUGGACUUAAACUGGAAUAAUCUGAGAGAUUCAGGAGUGAAGCUGAUCUCUACUGCACUGGAGAAUCCUCAAUGUAAACUGGAGAAACUCGAAUUGUGCAGUUGUAGGAUCACAGAAGAAGGUUGUGUUGCUCUGUCCUCCGCUCUGAGAUCAAACCCUUCACACCUGAGAGAUCUAAAUUUAAGAUGGAAUGACCUGAAAGAUACGGGAGUGAAGCUGCUUUCUACUGUACUGGAGAAUCCUCAAUGUAAACUGGAAAAACUAAACUUGAGGUCUUGUAAUAUCACGGAAGAGGGUCGCGCUGCUCUGGAUUCAGCUCAGAGAUCAAACCCCUCACUCCUGACACAACUUUACCUCUGAAAGAAUCAUUUGAAAUAUACAGUGAACUAUAAUACAAUAAAAAACUGCAAUAAAAAAAUAAUUAUCAUUGUA